UCUCUGGCCCAACUUCUUCUGUCACCCACCUCGACUUCGGAGUCCAGGAUCUAGUCCAAAAUUAGCAUCAAUGCAAAUAGAUGCCAUAGAUGGCCAUUAGCAAGUCUCUCAUUGCAACGCUAAUAAAUGCAAUGAAUGUGUGGCUUUAUGGCCCCCAAGCGGGGUUUUAUUUUUUCUUCCCACGGGCAACAACAGGUCUUCUAUUCUCCCACACUUCUUUUUCCUCUCCUCUUUCCUCUUUCCUCUUUCCUCUUUCCUCUUUCCUCUUUCCUCUUUCCUCUUUCCUCUUUCUCUUUUUCUCCUUUCUCCUUUCUCCUUCCACCAUUUCCCAUUCUCCAUUCUCCAUUCUCCAUUCUCCAUUCUCCACCUUCCUUAACCCUUUACUCCUCCUCACUGCACUCCACUUUCUUCUACUCUUUCUGAGUGUCAUUUUACGCUUGUCUUUCCUUGCAGAUCUAAAAAAAAAAAAAAAAAAAAUCUGCAUCGCGUGCAUUUUACACGCCAACGACAAAAUACAUAGUAGCAUUGCAUUGCCAGUGAGCCAUACAAUAGUGCCUCUUUGGUCUUCUCUCUCGUCCUUCGCUUGACUCCUGUUGCUCUCCUUAUACUGAUUCUCCGUGCCGGCACUCUAGUCCAAAAAGCUCAUUGUUACCAUACUCAUUUGCAAUGCUCUCGCUCAAACACAUUCACAGACCAGCCAUACGAUGGACUUCGCGUUUGCAAUUGAAAAAGGUAUACUAGCUCUUUUAAUA